AUGCGCAAAGAGCUCCAAGCCCUAGAAGACAAUGGCGUGUGGCGCUUGAUCAAGCGACCUCCGGGCAGCAACACUCUGCAUACGAAGUGGGUCUUCAAGACCAAGACCGACGCGCACGGUGAGAUAGAGCGCCUGAAGGCUCGAUUGGUCGCCUGCGGCAACGAGCAAGUUUUUGAAGUCAACUAA